CGAGCGGCGGGGAGCGCCCGAGCCGGGAGGGGCGGCUGCGCUCGGGACCCCGGAGCCCGCACCCGGGGCAGGCGCGCGGCUGCGCCCCGGCGGCACGGCCACGGCCAGAUUGAAUUCAGAUGCCUACUUCUUCCCCUGGAAGCUUCCUCUGAGCCUUCUAAGUCUAUGAUUCCCACCCCACCCGCCUGCCUGUGGGCCACACAGGAUGGCAGGUAGAGAACAGUGGAAUUCUCUCUGUUGCCGGCACAGCUGAGGAAGUACCUUAGAUGAGGAAGUUGAGACCCAGACUUUGAACAACUUGGCAGGAGGCUGAGCCAGGCUGGAAGCCGGGACAGCCCUGCUGAACCUGCCUUCACUUCUUUAUCUUUGCUUCUGGGAGACUUCUUUCUAGUGCUGCUAUGAGAGAUGAACCUGAGGUGAGGAGAGAACUCAAGCAGCCUCCCCAGGGCCAUACAGUCAGUGGGGCCAUUUCUACACACAGGACUCAACUGCUCAGCCUCCUGACUUCUCCUGAUUCCUUCCUUCUCCCUGGAGUGGCCAACAAUGACCACCAUGGUCAACGUGGAUGUCCUUCCGGAGUAUGAGAAGAGUCAGAUCAAGAGAGCCCUAGAGCUAGGGACGGUGAUGACUGUGUUCAGCUUCCGCAAGUCCACCCCUGAGCGGAGGACCGUUCAGGUGAUCAUGGAGACGCGGCAGGUGGCCUGGAGUAAGACCGCUGACAAAAUAGAGGGCUUCUUGGAUAUCAUGGAAAUAAAGGAAAUUCGCCCAGGGAAGAAUUCCAAAGACUUUGAGCGUGCAAAAGCAGCCCGUCAGAAGGAGGACUGCUGCCUGACCAUCCUGUACGGCACGCAGUUUGUCCUCAGCACACUCAGCCUGGCAGCUGACUCUAAAGAGGAUGCCGUUAAGUGGCUGUCCGGCUUGAAAAUCUUACACCAAGAAGCAAUGAACGCGUCCACACCUACCAUGAUCGAGAGUUGGCUGAGAAAGCAGAUUUAUUCUGUGGAUCAAACCAGAAGAAACAGUAUCAGCCUCCGAGAGUUGAAGACCAUCUUGCCCCUGGUCAACUUCAAAGUGAGCAGCGCCAAGUCCCUCAAAGAUAGGUUCGUGGAAAUAGGUGCACACAGAGACGAGCUCAGCUUCGAACAGUUCCAUCUCUUCUAUAAAAACCUGAUGUUUGAACAGCAAAAAUUGAUUCUUGAUGAAUUCAAAAAGGAUUCCUCCGUGUUCAUCCUGGGGAACACGGACCGGCCGGAUGCCUCCGCUGUCUACCUGCAUGACUUCCAGAGGUUUCUCCUACAUGAACAGCAGGAACUUUGGGCUCAGGAUCUGAACAGAGUCCGUGAGCGGAUGACGAAGUUCAUUGAUGACACCAUGCGGGAAACCGCCGAGCCUUUCCUGUUCGUGGACGAGUUCCUCACCUACCUGUUCUCACGAGAAAACAGCAUCUGGGAUGAGAAGUACGACGUGGUGGACAUGCAGGACAUGAACAACCCCUUGUCCCAUUACUGGAUUUCCUCGUCACACAACACCUACCUGACGGGGGACCAGCUGCGGAGCGAGUCGUCCACGGAGGCGUACGUCCGCUGUCUGCGCAUGGGCUGUCGCUGCAUCGAGUUGGACUGCUGGGACGGGCCUGAUGGGAAGCCUAUCAUCUACCAUGGCUGGACAAGGACCACCAAGAUCAAGUUUGAUGAUGUCGUGCAGGCCAUCAAAGACCAUGCCUUUGUAACCUCAAGCUUCCCAGUGAUCCUGUCCAUCGAGGAACACUGCAGCGUGGAGCAGCAGCGCCACAUGGCCAAGACCUUCAAGGAGGUGUUUGGGGACCUGCUUCUGAUGAAGCCCACGGAGGCCAGUGCUGACCAGCUGCCCUCACCCAGCCAGUUGCGGGAGAAGAUCCUUAUCAAGCAUAAGAAGCUGGGUCCCCGAGGUGACGUGGAUGUCAACGUGGAUGACAAGAAGGAUGAACAGAAGCAACAGGGUGAACUGUACAUGUGGGAUUCCAUCGACCAGAAAUGGACUCGGCAUUACUGCGCCAUUGCUGAUGCCAAGCUGUCUUUUAGUGACGAUAUUGAACAGACUGUAGAGGAAGAACUGCCCCAGGAUAUACCCCCCACAGAGCUGCAUUUUGGGGAGAAGUGGUUCCACAAGAAGGUUGAGAAGAGGACAAGUGCCGAGAAGCUGCUUCAGGAAUACUGCAUGGAGACAGGGGGCAAGGACGGGACUUUUUUGGUCCGGGAGAGUGAGACCUUCCCCAACGACUACACCCUAUCCUUCUGGCGCUCAGGCCGUGUCCAGCACUGCCGGAUCCGCUCCACCAUGGAGGGCGGGACCCUAAAGUACUACCUGACUGACAACCUGACCUUCACCAGCAUCUACGCCCUCAUCCAGCACUACCGUGAGACGCACUUGCGCUGUGCCGAGUUCGAGCUGCGGCUCACCGACCCCGUGCCCAACCCCAACCCCCACGAGUCCAAACCGUGGUACUAUGACAGGCUGAGCCGUGGAGAAGCAGAGGACAUGCUGAUGAGAAUUCCCCGGGAUGGAGCCUUCCUGAUCCGGAGGCGGGAAGGAAGCAACUCCUUUGCCAUCACCUUUAGGGCUAGGGGCAAGGUGAAACACUGCCGAAUCAACCGGGAUGGCAGACACUUUGUGCUGGGGACCUCUGCCUACUUUGAGAGCCUUGUGGAGCUCGUCAAUUACUAUGAGAAGCACGCCCUCUACCGGAAGAUGCGCCUGCGCUACCCUGUGACCCCCGAGCUCCUGGAGCGCUACAACAUGGAAAGAGAUAUAAACUCCCUCUAUGACGUCAGUAGGAUGUAUGUGGAUCCGAGUGAGAUCAACCCUUCCAUGCCUCAGAGAACGGUGAAAGCUCUGUAUGACUACAAAGCCAAGCAAAGUGACGAGCUGAGCUUCUGCCGCGGGGCCCUCAUUCACAAUGUCUCCAAGGAGCCUGGGGGCUGGUGGAAAGGAGAUUAUGGGACCAGAAUCCAGCAGUACUUCCCAUCUAAUUACGUCGAGGACAUUUCAACCGCCGAUGUUGAGGAGCUGGAAAAGCAGAUUAUUGAAGACAAUCCCUUAGGGUCUCUUUGCAGAGGAAUAUUGGACCUCAAUACCUAUAACGUCGUGAAAGCCCCACAGGGGAAAAACCAGAAGCCGUUUGUCUUUAUCCUGGAGCCCAAGAAGCAAGGUGAUCCUCCGGUGGAGUUUGCCACAGACAAGGUGGAAGAGCUCUUCGAGUGGUUCCAGAGCAUCCGUGAGAUCACCUGGAAGAUGGACACCAAGGAGAACAACAUGAAGUACUGGGAGAAGAACCAGUCGAUCGCCAUCGAGCUCUCUGACCUGGUUGUCUACUGCAAACCAACCAGCAAAACCAAGGAUAAUUUAGAAAAUCCUGACUUCCGAGAAAUCCGUUCCUUCGUGGAGACAAAGGCAGACAGCAUCACCCGACAGAAGCCCCUGGAUCUCCUAAAGUACAAUCAAAAGGGCCUGACCCGCGUCUACCCCAAGGGACAAAGGGUUGACUCUUCCAACUACGAUCCCUUCCGCCUCUGGGUGUGCGGCUCCCAGAUGGUGGCGCUUAAUUUCCAGUCUGCAGAUAAGUACAUGCAGAUGAAUCAUGCGUUGUUUUCUCUCAACGGGCGGACGGGCUACGUCCUACAGCCUGAGAGCAUGAGGACAGAGACGUACCACCCGAUGCCGCCUGAGUCCCAGAGGAAGAUCCAGAUGACGCUGACUGUCAAGGUUCUCGGUGCCCGCCAUCUCCCCAAACUUGGGCGAAGUAUUGCCUGUCCUUUCGUAGAGGUGGAGAUAUGUGGAGCCGAGUAUGACAACAACAAGUUUAAGACGACAGUUGUGAAUGACAAUGGCCUCAGCCCCGUCUGGGCUCCAACACAGGAGAAGGUGACGUUUGAGAUUUACGACCCAAACCUGGCGUUUCUACGCUUUGUGGUUUACGAGGAAGAUAUGUUCAGUGAUCCCAACUUUCUUGCUCACGCCACUUACCCCAUUAAAGGAAUCAAGUCAGGAUUCAGAUCUGUUCCUCUGAAGAAUGGGUACAGUGAGGAUAUCGAGCUUGCUUCCCUCCUGGUUCUCUGUGAGAUGCGGCCAGUCCUGGAGUGUGAGGAGGAGCUUUACUCCUCCUGUCGCCAGCUGCGGAGGCGGCAAGAAGAGCUCAACAACCAGCUCUUUCUGUAUGACACACACCAAAACUUGCGCAACGCCAACCGGGAUGCUCUCAUUAAGGAAUUCAAUGUCAACCAGAACCAGCUGCAGUUAUACCAGGAGAAGUGCAGCCGCAGGUUAAGAGAGAAGAGGGUCAGCAACAGCAAGUUUUACUCUUAGGAGCCAGUGUCUGUGCGUGCGUGCACAUGUGUGUUUGCCUGUAGGGGAACGCGCUGUUCACACCUGGGAAGAUGCUAAUCUGUGACGUCAUCCUCUCUUUAAGCCUGCCAUCAAGAUGCCAUUUCUGAAGAAGCCCUCACUGGCCCGAGUUAGUGAUUUCCUCCUAGGUUUUUUUUUCCCCAUUUUGGACAACUUUCUUAAUUUAUGUUCUCUCUAGAGGAUCCCCCACACGUGCUCCUCGAUGUUUGGCUUCUCAUGUUCUAAACCUCAUUGAAUAAAAACAAUGAAAGUCUCAAUCGGUUAAGCCUUCUGUGCACAACGUAUACAGUGAGCAAGAUUUCUUUCCCAGUCAACAAGGUUCAGCUUCUAACGACCCAGGUUAUUCUACGCAAGAUGAGCCAGAAAUGUAAGGAACUCAUUCAUUAUAUUCUGAAAAGGAUUUUAACCAAAAGGCAACGGUUCCACAGUCCAGCCCAUCCGAUUCCACAGGGCCCAAAGAGGAGCCCUGCCCCCAGUCAGCAGGUUCAGCUCAAUGCAGUUUAACUACCACUGGCCAGCUGGCUAGACAGAUCUGCAUGGACCUGCCGCAGUCCACAAGAUGUAGUUGGGUGACGGAAUCUGUUCACUGAGACAAUUUCUAAGUAAUGGUAGAGGCCUGCUUUGGGACUAGAGUUAUUGGAGGUGGGGUCCUGAGGUCUCUUUGGUUUAUAAAGUGUGUCAGAGACCAUAUUCCUGCUUUAGCCUCUGCCAGCUUCCCUGCCUCUGCUUUGCCCACUGCCAGGAGGCUCCGGCCUCACUUACCACCUUAUGGUGCCACUGAGCUGGCUGGGAGGCUGCUGGGAGGUCAGCUGCUGUCUUGACUAAGCAGAUAAAAGUUUCAUUUAUGGGGAGUUAUCUCUGGGUUACCUAAUUUUCUGGAGCAGCGAAUUAAGCUUUUACGGCUUAAGCCUUAGAAUGUUACGGAAAAUCUCAAAUGCAGCCAUCCACAAAGGGACAAACCCACCUAGUGCAUGAGAAUACACACAGGUGUCCAGGAUUUCCCACUUCUGCAUCUUGAGAUACCAUUUCAGUGAUUUAAUAACAGCUUUUUAAAGGAGAGGAGAGUGUUGAGGUCAGUAUAGACCCAACUUGACCCUCAGUGAAUCAAGAACUGCCUUAAGGGAAAAUAGGUGUAAUUGUGACAAGAAAUGACUAUGGCAGGAAGGAACAAACCAGCAGCAGACUGUGAUUCACAUGGCUAGAUCUGGCCCUGGAGCCAUCCGCCCUCCCCUAGUUAUCUGAGAUGCUGGGCUCAGCAGGCCUGUAUCGCUGAAUAACAGCAAAAUGAAUCAGUCUCUGGCAGACCAAAAGACCCUAUCUCUUCAUUCCUCACAAAAACUUAGCCAAGUGCCAAGCACCGCACCAAGGUUUGGGGGUGCAAAGUUUAAAAAAGUAAAAGCUACAGAUACUGGUCUCAUGAAGCACCUCCAUCCAUGAGCUCCUAAAGCAGUGGUUCUCAACCUUCCUAAUGCUGCAGCCCUUUAAUACAGUUCCUGUGGGUCACGACCCACAGGUUGAGAACCACUGUCUUAAAGGCACUUACUGUCCCUAAAGCCAGGAGCACAGGUAAUAGCAGCCUGGCUGAGGUGGAGCUGUCAUCUGGAAACAUCACUUUACUCUUCCAGUUGGCAGUUGCUAUGUUAUCUGACAGUCAGCAACUGAGGAAAGGAUAUUCCUCAUAGUAACAAAUGCUCAAAGCAACUUUCAAGAAAGGUUAGGUGAAAAAGGCUUUGAGCUGAAUGCUGCCAGUGCUCCCGGAGCUAUUGGCCUGGCAGCCACUGGAGCCUAAUUAUUGCACCUCCUGGUCCCUUUCAGCUCUGCCAUUACCUCCAUGCAGUAGAGCUCGGGAGCUGCUGUUAAUGACCUUUUUCACCUCCUCCUUCACUCUGUGUUUAGAGCCAAAAUGCUAAGGCCUACCUCCUCUUUCUGUUUAAAAUGGAUUUGCUACUGUGUCAAAGAAAUUGAGACAGGGUGGCCUAGGAGACAGAAAUUGAGCAUGCUAAGUGUCUCUUCAGAGCAGGCAGUGGGUUGUAACAUGGUGCUGGGGAGAACUUUCUAAGAUUCUCCUGUCCCGGUGCUACAACACCUUGAACCCACCGUUAGCGAGCACUUGCUUUGAUGCCAUCAUCUGACCCAUGAUCUGGUUCUUGGUGGUGUGAGGGGCUAACUCGGUUCUCUCAGGAAAGGCACAGCUGAUACCUCCCCAGAGUGGACUUGAUGCCACGUGGCCUAGCUGACAUGGGUCACCACAGGCCGUGACAGCGCAGGGAAUUGAGGUCAAGCAGAAUAGUACAGGAAGAUUCUGAAAGAUGGCAGCUACAUGGAUAGAUCCAAACCAAGACUGGAUAUGUGUGUUACAUGGUGUGUUUUGUUACCAUUUUCUUAAACAUAUCAUUUAGGAUGUUGGCCACUACCUGGAAUAAUGAAGGGAGAAGGCUGGCUAGGCCUUUUGCACUUGGGAAACUUGGGUUACACAGAGAGAAGUAACUUAGCAUGAGACUUGGGCGUAUGAGUAAAGAGGGGUGUAGAAGAUCACGUUUUUCAAAGUCGAUCUCAGAAUCCUUUUGCCAAAAGUGUCUCAUGAGACUUGUGUACAUUGGAACACAUGUGAGAGCCUGCUGUUCUAUUAAGGUAGCCAGGCAACAAUAAUAAUUUAUAUCCUUUGUGACCUAGUUAAAAUUUGAACUUAAGCCACCAAGGCCAAUGGUCUUUCAACUGAGCCAGCCUUACCCCUAGGAGUCUACCAGAGCUUCCCUCCCGGGGAACAUGCGGGCUCACAUGCUUGGAGGGGAUCAAUUUUCAGAUCCCACCUUCCUCUUGUACUCUUUCCUAAGACUCAUCUGCCUGAGAAAAUGCUCUUUUUGCCACCUAACAAAAGAACACAUCUCCAGUUUUACUGUAGAGCAUACUCCAGGGUAUAAAAUUCAAAAUAUUGAUGUUUGGAAAGUGAAAGACUUAAGAGGUUAUAAGUCUUUUUGAAAAUCUGGUAAUUCCCAAUUCUCUGAUUUCAACAAAAUGGAAGGAACAUGCAGUAGAGUUUUGAGUCCUUCAGCAUGUAACGAUGAAGGAGCUGGAACAUUCAGUGAUGCUGCUGUCAGCAAACUCUGUUCCCAUCGGCUUGUCUCUGUGGACAAGGACCAACACCUCCAUAAAGAAAGAAAGGAUGCAUAGGAUUGAUGCUGCACCUUGGCUUGCUCUGAAAAUGAUACCGUGAAUCUAGUCAGACAAAAUAAGUAGGGGGAAAAGCCCCCUUCAUCUCGUAAAAUGAUAUAUUUCCAAUGAAGUUUUACUAUGUUUAGUUAUUUAUUAAAAUUUGUACUAUUUGUUUAUUGAUCAUGCUCAAUCCACUCAAGCUUUUUUAAAGGCUUAGGGCCUUAUGAUUAUAUAAUUUUUUUACAGAGAUAAACAAUAUAAAAGCCAAAAAUAAUUAGGCUAAAAUGUUUGAGGUGGAAGUGGUAUGAAAAAUACAAAUUCACAGAGGAAAGGGAAAAAUGAGGCACUUCUUAUUCUUAAAAAUUCCCUUGUUCCAGUUAGGGAUGGUCAUUAAAAAAAUUGCCUUGUUCGUGUAAUUUUUGAAAGGAAUAGUGUCUGUUAAAUAACUAUAUUUAGAGCCUCUUGGCUAAAUUUUAAAAGGAAUAUAACAGUUUUCUUUGUAAAUGCAAUUUCUACAAUAUGCUAGCACUUACAUCCUUUGCAACUAUUUAUGAUGAAAAAUUUUAGAUGUCACUUAGAAAUGUGCAAGGGGAUACAGAUAUUUUCAAAUUUCACUUAUGUGGUAUCUGAGCAUACGAUUUCGAGGUUGCUGAUGUAGGGCCACUAAAUGAUGAAUUGCAUUUGAAGUGAGAAGAAUGGCUACGAGGAGCAUCAACCCUUCUAACUUUAAAAGGAAUAUAAUUUAAACUUCAGCUCCUGUGAUAUUUAACUUUUUAAAUGCAACCCUGAAAGCCAAAUUUCUAACAAAAAGUUAAAUUUGCAAAUAUGCAGAAUUACAAAAUUGGCAUUAAAAAAUAUGGAGUGAUUUAUCUCAGGUUUUAAAUUUUCAAAAUAUUUUGUUUUGAAGAGCCAGAUUCCAUAGUUAUCCUGUCUCUCCCAGAAAUUUCCACAUGUCCUAUUUUUCGUCGGGCUUUACAAAGCUGCAUUUGUAAACUUGUGUUUCAUUCUUAAAGCUUAAUUUAUUUUUUUAUAUAAAUAGUGUUUGUGUAUACAUAGAGAAUUAAGUGAAUGGACUACACAGAUGUUGGCUACUGUUAAUGUGAAAAUUGAACAGCUGUAUCACAUUUUUAAAAAAAUAAAAAUUUGGUCUGGAUGAA